AUGGACCCGCAUAUGCACCACCACCACCUGCGUCAGCUCCAAGCCGUCCUCCUCCGCCGCGGCCACCCCAUCCCCACGCCGCCGGCGACCCACCCGGACCCCGACCGGGCCUACCUCGCCACCAUCCGUGCAGCCGCCUCCAUCCCACGCCUCGUGCUCGCUGCCUGCGCCUGCCUCCGCCACGCCGGCCUGCCCCCACCGGGGCCCCGGGCGCUUCCUGCCCUACUCCGCUCCGCUGCUCGCUUCGAGGGUGCUGGCGCGUACGUCGGAGGCGCGCACGCGCUGGCAGUCAGGGUUGGGUCACUGGAGGAUGGGUUCGUCGGAACCGCGCUGGUCGGGGCGUAUGCGGUGUGCGGAUGUGUGGGGGACGCGCGGAAAGUGUUUGACGGAAUGGCCGUGCGGGACGUCGUCUCCUGGGGCGUCAUGCUUGAUAGUUAUUGUCAGACUCGGAACUACAAAGAAGCUUUGCUUCUAUUUGCUAAGAUGAAGAAUUCUGGAGUUCUUCCAGACCAAUUGAUCCUUGCUACUGUUCUAUCAGCUUGUGGGCAUAUAAGGCAUUUGAGAACUGGGAGAGCCAUCCACUCAUACAUGUUGGUGUCAGACAUUCUUAUCAGUGCUCACCUCAGUAGUGCUCUCAUAAAUUUGUAUGCUACUUGUGCGAACAUGGAGAUGGCAGAAAAGCUAUAUAAUGGGAUGCCAAGGAAGGACUUGGUAUCAUCAACUGCCAUGGUUUUUGGGUACGCCAGGAACAGAAAAGUUGAGAUUGCUCGCUCUAUAUUUGAUGGAAUGCCAGAGAAGGAUGUGGUAUCUUGGAGUGCUAUGGUAUCAGGAUAUGCUGAUAGUAACCAACCUAAUGAAGCAUUGAGUCUGUUCAAUGAUAUGCAGGAGUGUGGUAUCAGGCCUGAUGAAGUUACCAUGUUAAGUGUCAUAUCUGCAUGUGCUAGUUUAGGUUCCCUCGAUAAAGCCAAAUGGAUCCAUGCCUUCAUUAAGAAUAAUGGGUUGAAUAAGAUAUUGAACAUUUACAAUACUCUUAUUGAUAUGUUCGCCAAAUGUGGGGGUAUUAACCUUGCAUUUAAUAUCUUCAAUGAAAUGCCUCAGAAGAAUGUCAUCACCUGGACAAGUAUGAUAACUGCUUUUGCUAUGCAUGGCGAUGGAAAAUCUGCCUUAUGUCUGUUUGAGCAGAUGAAAAAUGAAGGCGUUGAACCCAAUGAAGUGACAUUUCUUAAUUUACUUUAUGCUUGCUGUCAUGCUGGUCUAGUUCAUGAAGGCCGUUCAUUGUUUAGCUCUAUGGUUCAACAAUACGGGAUUGAACCCAAGCAUGAGCACUAUGGUUGUAUGGUGGAUCUUCUAGGAAGGGCUAAACUUAUGCAAGAAGCAGUUAAUCUCAUAGAGUCAAUGCACUUAGGGCCUAAUGUGCCUAUCUGGGGAUCUCUUUUAGCAGCAUGCUGGAUGCAUGGUGAUCUCAAGCUCGGCGCAUUUGCUGCCAAGAAAAUUUUGCAGUUGGAUCCUAAUCAUGACGGAGCAUCUGUGCUUUUAUCAAAGAUAUACAUGAAAUCUGAUAACUUGAAUGAUGCUCAGGAGGUGAGGGAAGUAAUGAAACUCCACGGAGUCUCAAAAGAAACAGGCUUGAGUUGGAUGAGCUGA